CGAAACAAAUUUUGAAUCUUCUAUUGGCGGUAAAAUUUUAGCCAGAGUCAGAGUCUCUCUUUCACACACACUCAUUCCUUCAAUUCAAAUCAAAGAAUACAACGAAUUGAAAUUCCCCGUGUUCUGGUGUUUCAUUCAAAUCACGAAUGCAAUGAACUCAAAAAACCAAUCGCCGAUUAGGGUUUUCGGGCAACGAACCAUCGCUUCAACGUUCCGCAAUCUCCCACCACGCAAUCCUUUAGAAGAAAGCGUGAGUAAGCAAGCAUCACGCAAGAGCGAAACUAAGCAUCCCUUUCUUUCACACUUCCUCCAACCCAAGCCGCAAAAAUCACCUCAAACGGUUCCGGGGAAAUCGACGCCUUUUCUGUCACCUCUGGGUUUAAGAAGAGGCGAGGAGGGUGGAGCUGCCAAAGAAGUUGAAAAAGAGAAAAUUUGUGGCAGUGGCAGUGAUGAUAAGGUGAUUUUUGAAAGCUUCAAGCAUACUGAAGAGGACAAAGAGGACUUCGUUAGUCAAAUUGCUUUUGGUGAAUUAGAAAAUUCAGUCGGUGAUGAUAUUCAAGAGUCAAAGAAAAGGAAAGCUCCGUUUGAAGGUGGAAAUGAGAACCAAACUGCACGAAAGCACGUGGUAGUUCUUGGAGGCGAAUCAAAGUUGAAGCCAAAAGGACAAAUUGGAAAUGACUCUAGCAACAAAAGGCCAAGACCUCAUUAUAAUCACUAUGCAAAUGGUCGCGGCUGGUGGGAUUACGACAUGGAAGGUGUUGAUAAUGAGGAAUUGGGUUUCAAUGAAAUAUGGGAGGGGGUGGGAUCCACCACACUCGGGGGAAUAAUAGAUUGGCAUUGAUUUAGGCAUUUUACAUGAGUAAAGUUUGUACUGUGUCUCUUGCCUUAGCAUCGGCAUCAAUGCAUUCAUUAACUCGUGUACUCCGUGUAGACAAGAAACUCACCGUGUGUAGAUAUAUUCACUUUAGUUAGUUUACUUCGAGGAUAUGCUCAAAAUGCUAUAUGCCUUGAGUUAUUCGAAAAAUAAAAUAAGUUAAAGUGAACUGUUCUAAUGAUUUUUUAUAUAAAAGAAAUUGAAAUUCAGCACA